AUGGCAGGUCCUCCCCCGUUCGCUGAUGCUCCCCAGGCCGCCCUGCAGCUCGGCGACUCGUACGGUGUGAUGCUCAUCUCGACCAUCAUAGUCUCCGCGUUAUAUGGCGUUACUGUACUCCAGACAUUGUACUACUACGACAGGUUUCCUAAGGACCACUGGUUGCUGAAAUCUGCGGUUGCUAUCAUAUGGGUGCUAGACACCGUCACGAUAGUCCUCGACACUCACGCCGUGUAUUUCUACCUUAUCGCCAACUACAACAACCCUCCUGCUCUGGCAGUUCAAGUAUGGAGUGCACAGGUGGAAGUGAUCGUUACCUACACAGUAGUAGUGAUGGUUCAGGCUUUCUUCAUCGUACGCAUCUACCAACUUCGACCAUAUGCCUGGUACAUUCCCUUGCCGAUGGGCGUCCUCGCGCUCGCAUCCUAUGCCUUGGUCAUAGCGAUCGUGGUCGCAGUGUUCCAGAAGGCCAACUGGGGUAAUCUGCAGACCUCGCAAGUCAACGAUCCGCUCGUAGCCAACUGGGUCCUCGGUAUGAUCGUCGACAUAGCCAUCACCACCGUUCUGUGCUGGUACCUCUCCAGCGAGAAGGUCUACGUACGGCGCAAGACACACCGCCUGAUCAACAAGAUCAUUGUCUUCAGCGUGAACAGGGGUGCCAUCGCAGCCGUGGUACAGAUUAUGACGCUCUUGACCAAGUUCAUCUAUUCCCCGGAAAACUUAGUCUGGCUGGCUUUCCACAAUGUGCUCUCCAAAGUGUACGCAAAUUCGAUGCUCGCAACGCUCAACAGCCGCACCGCUCUCCGCGGCAUGAUGGACAGUGAUGCAGGCGGUACCGAAUUGACACUUCCAACGAUCAGGCGCAAUGCCCCGGGUGGCAAGCCUGGGGGCCCACAUGAUGCUCAGGUCGCAACGCUGGAGUUUGCGCGCGCACAGACGUCCACGCUGGAGUGGAACACUGCCAGUGACAGCACAGAGACUGCGGACGCUGAGAGAUAUCGCUACGCGAUGAAGGAAGCCGCGGGUGACCCGGACAGCCCGACGUUCGAGCCAGGGGAGAAGCUGGGUGUGGUCCACGACGCGCGACCCGAUGUAUUUGCUGAAGUAUAA